GGCUUUCUAGUCUAGUCGCCGUCGCUUGACCCGGAAGCGGAAGCUCGACUGAGAAGACGACAAGAGGGAGGAAGGGCUUACAUUUCCGCCUCCCGCUUGCUUGUUUGCUGGCUGCCUGAGGACAGGUUUUGUCGCUGGGAUGGGGGCGACGCGGCUGCCGCCAUGGGCUGGGCCUUCGUCUGCCAUGUGAAAGAAGAUCCCUUUGCAGCUCUUUCUCCACCAUCAGGUUCAGUAAGCAGAGCUGCAAGAGCUCCACCUUCAAGCCUCUCAGCAAUUUUAUCUGCCUGUUCCCCACCCAAGACCAUCUGAUCAGUCAUAGCCCAAACAUGGGCAUUUUCAGCAGUGGCACCAUCCCUGUGGAACAGCCUUCCAGAGGAGUGCUCUGCUAAAGCUGUGAUGAAAUGGAGCCUGGGACAAAUUCUUUCCGAGUGGAGUUCCCCGACUUCUCGAGCACCAUCCUGCAGAAACUGAACCAGCAGCGCCAGCAAGGGCAGCUCUGCGAUGUUUCCAUUGUAGUCCAGGGUCAUCUUUUCCGAGCUCAUAAAGCUGUCCUGGCGGCCAGCUCCCCUUACUUCUGCGACCAAGUGCUUUUAAAAAACAGCCGCCGAAUUGUCCUGCCUGAUGUCAUGAAUCCUAGAGUGUUUGAGAACAUCCUCCUGUCAUCUUACACAGGGCGGUUAGUGAUGCCUGCUCCGGAGAUUGUCAGCUAUUUGACAGCAGCCAGCUUCCUUCAGAUGUGGCACGUAGUGGACAAAUGCACGGAGGUGUUGGAAGGAAAUCCUUCCGUCCUUUGUCAAAAGCUGAAUCGCAGCAACGACCACCAGUCUCCAAGCAGUAGUAGUUACAAUGGCCUCGUUGAGAGCUUUGAGCUGGGAACUGCAGGACAAGCAGACUUCCAUAAAGCCCAAGAACUGAGGGAUGGUGAGAAUGAAGAGGAAAGCUCUAAAGAUGAGCUGUCGUCUCAGCUAACGGAACAUGAGUAUCUUCCCAGCAACUCUUCUACGGAACAUGACCGGCUGAGCACGGGGAUGACCAGCCAAGACGGGGAAGAAGGAGCCAGCGACAGUGCUGAAUAUCAGUACACCAGGCCCAUCUAUAGCAAGCCCAGCAUAAUGUCUCACAAACGGUGGGUCCACGUGAAGCCCGAGAGGUUUGUGCAGGACUGUGAGGGGGCAGAGGUGCACACUGCUUAUGACGAACACCAGGUCUCCGAGUCCAUGAACGCCAUACAGGUGGACCACUCGAUCCAGACCUCCAGCUCUGAAGACUUCCAUGUCUCUGUGAAAAAAAUGGAAACCGAGUUCGAGCAAGCCGAUGAAAGCAACUACGACGAGCAAGUUGACUUCUACGGCUCUUCCAUGGAAGAGUUCUCCGGGGAAAAAAACGACGGAAAUGUAAGUGUCCACAGGCAGGAAGCUGCAGUCGCUGCAGGUUAUGGGGAAAGCCUUGAUGUGCCCUCGGGGAUCAAGGAAGAAAAUGCCCUUUCUGGGUUUUCUACAGCUGAUAAGCUCUACCCUUGUCAGUGUGGCAAAAGUUUCACGCACAAGAGCCAGAGGGACCGCCAUAUGAGCAUGCACUUAGGCCUCCGGCCUUACGGGUGUGGCGUGUGUGGGAAGAAGUUCAAAAUGAAACAUCACCUGGUUGGCCACAUGAAAAUCCACACAGGCAUCAAGCCUUACGAGUGUAACAUAUGUGGGAAAAGGUUUAUGUGGAGGGAUAGUUUUCAUCGGCACGUAACGUCUUGUACCAAGUCGUACCAGGCCUGUAAGGUGGAGCAGAACACUACUGAAAUGAACUGAAAGGGAGAGCGCAUGCAGAGUUGUUCAGUAGAGUCAGCAGGAUGGAUGCAUCGCACAGAGCGUGCCCAGGACUCGCUGUUCAGAACGCUUUGGUUUAAAAUGAUUUCUGUGGCAAAGAAUGGGAACACCUGUAGACGUGAGCGAGGAUGUCAGCCUCCAAGGCAUGUUUAUAGAGUCCGCUGCCAAGACUGCAAAUCGAGAAGCCAGCUGGAGCGAUGGUACUUUAUGGCGGUUAUAAAUGUUGCUAUUUAUUAUUUGUGUUUUAGUAGCACUUGGGUGCUCUCUUUGAAGGGACGCUUUGGACAUUGAAAAUUCACAGAGGUGAAGUGUGUGAAGAUAAUGUCGAACACCAGAAUUCCACAAUUGGGUGGAAACGUUCCUGAAUGGCGCUGCUUGGAUCAGCCAUCUGUGAUACUUGCCUUGAGUUGGCAAAAUAGGCGUGUGACCAGGUACCUGUCUAGAUCCAAAACAUGAGCUGCUGAGCGACUUUCAGGUGCCGACAGCUUUAACAAGUGGCUGCUCUUUGAUCGGUUGAACUUUGAGUUCCAUUGAUUGUCUCUGUUUGUCUUGGCACACAGUAUGUCUGCUUUUUUAGAAAAACUUUUUGUAUAGCACUUGGGCUAUAUUGUGAUGAACACUAGGGAUGGAAUAAAAUAUAUGCUCAUGAUUCAUCACCUUCCCCCUUUCCCUGCCCCAGUAGUGCCUAAUACAAUAGCCAGUCAAGUUUAGCCUUUGCUUUUGACUGCUGCAAUAGCAGGUAUCCUAUUUGUUCCCAUGUAGGCACAAAUGUUCUUUUUUGGCACUUGAGGGUUAAAGCAGACAUUCAUCUGGUUUAGAGUUUUAUGCUGUUUAGGAAAUCUGCUAACUCGUGGUUAAUUUGCCAGUACUUCAAAAAGAGAAUCUGUCUACAGAUUCUACUCCAAAGUUUGCAGGAUAAGCUACGGAGCACUAAACUCCUUGUUCUUUUCUCAGAGUUGGAGCCACAAGUGGCCUGUUUGACAGAUUUGGGGAAUCUGCUUGUUAAUCAGAAAUCAAGAUGGCUUUUGCCAGAUUCUCCUUGGCAGCGCUGUGCAGACAUCGCUGAUGCUGAGAGCAGUUUCUGAGCAUGGCCCUUAUCCUCUGCAGAGGAUAAAUUUUAAGCACUGGAUUCUUUUUGCAACCAGUUAUGGUUGCAGAUCUUUGUUUUUGCGAACUGCGGAGGCUUUCCUCCCUCCCCCUUUCCCUGUCCUUGGCCCAGUUAUAGGCUGAAUUCACGAGGUGGAGGCAAGUUGAUAUAGCUAAAGCUUUUAUGCUGCUAUUUGAUUGGAGGAAAUCUCCCCCCACCCCCUCCCCUGCCUUUGCUGUGGACAAAAGUGCCAUGAAUGGCAUCAGCUAUGUACGUUACCUGGCAGAGCAGUGCACGUGCUUCCUUAGCAGAACAAUUAGCCAGUGCCAAGGGGCUCAGCCAGUGCCAAGCAUGGCUUGUUUUUCCAAUCUGCAGCUCGUAUACUGUGAAUGGGAGAAAUUCAGUAGACCUUUUGCAUUUUAAAGCUACGUGCGUACACCAAGGAAAGCAAAUAUUUCUGAGGUCAUCAUCCUUUUGGCCCAACUCCCCAGGUUUUAACUAUCUUUUUUCAGAUAUGCCGUGUCUGCAGUAUCGAGCACCUGACACAAAGUAGGGGUUUGUCAGAGCCAGAUGCUGCAGCUUUUCUUUUGGUGCUUUGCUUACAGGUUUUCAAUUUAAGUCUUAAAAGCUCCUCCAAAUCGACCAGUAUACCAGUACUGAAGAUAUUUUCCUGCCCGCUGAAAGGCAGUUCUCUUAAUGUGUCUGCUUCCUUUGCACGACAAAUUCCGUUGCUGGCAAUGGGAACUCUCAUACAGUCAAUUGGCAGCACGGUGUUCUUGUUCCCCCUGAUCUGAACUCAGCAGUAUGCCAAGGCGGAAGUGGCAGCCGCUGACUUAGCCCUAGCGAUCAGGUUGAUCAGCACAGGGUUCUACUCGCUAACACUGUAACCUGCUAAAUGUAUAGAAGCACUUUGUAUUUAAAAACAGAUAACAAAGAACCUUUAUAAAUGUUUUUUAAAUGUUAAAAAAAGCUCUAUCUAUAUAUAUA